UUUUAUUGACUGGUCCUUGUGCUGACACUGAUUACCCUAGGUAAUUAGCGGCUUGGUAAUUGAGGACAAGUUUGAUUUGCUAUCUCAGGAUAACAGUGGAGUAAUUAGCACGGAUUGAGUAACCACACAGUGGAGUAAUUAGCACGGAUUGAGUAACCACGCAAUGCUUUUCCAAGCAACGCGACAUCAAUUACAGUCACAGUAAUGAUACUGAUAGCGAGUGUCAAUGAUUACUCAACAGGCGUUGUCAUAUGCAAACAUCUGCUACUUAAAUGUUGUAUGCCAUCGUAUAUCAAUCAUUCUCUGCACGAUUAUCGCGGCAUAGGACGCCUCUUCCGUUCGCACCAACCGCCUUUUGAAUAUUGUCUGUAGAAAUCAGUGGGAAACAUCAACGAAAAUGGACUCUCUUGAACAGAUCUUUACAGAGGCGGAAAUCAAAGAAAUUCGCGGCUCCUUCAACAUAUUUGACAAAAACGAUGACGGAUUCAUAUCCAAGGACGAAAUUCGAGGAAUUCUUGAAGGUUUUGGUGAAUGUCCCACAAACGAUGAACUAGACGCAAUGGUGAAGACGGCGGACGUCGACGGCGACGGCAAGUUUGGUUUCUAUGACUUUGCCAUUGCAAUCUGCAAUAAGUCCAUGGGUCGACCCCCGACCGAUGACGACGAUAACACAGAGGACUUGAAAAGAGCUUUUGAAAUGUGCGACAUCAGCAAGACCGGGUACUUGACGAUAGCGGACAUGUCCUAUGUCUUUAAAUGCAUUGGCAUGAAAGUUUCGAUAUACGACCUGCUUGAUUUGAUGGCGGAAGCGGACUCAAACAAUGACGACCAGAUUAGCUUUGAAGAAUUUGUUGCCUGCCUGAAGACGGAAGAUGUGGCUUUCUUCCGGUCUCCGAGAAAGGAUAAAAGAUCACCGGCAUUCUAAACC